CCCCGGUUUCCUUAUUUUCUCAGGGUUAAGGCGUCUUCCACAUUACAUCACAUCUCGCAUACUAUACCAUACCAUACCAUACCCGUAUUGUAAUCACUCGAAGCACCGGUGUCGUGCGUCCUGAACAUGUCUAAACGCACUCCGAGGGUUUUUAUCAUUCGCCAUGGUGAGACGGAAUGGUAGCUACAACACCCUGCACCCCAGAUCUGCUUUCAAACCCAUACUGUAUACGAGAAUUAUACAAGUAGAAUGUUAUAUGCAUUCAUUGGGCACCACGUGUUGAUGCAAUUGGGCGCAACACCCACAGGCCGCUCAACGGCCGACACACCAGCACGACAGACCUCCCUUUAACGCCUGAUGGUGAGAUGCGCAUAAAAGCAACCGGGGAAGCUCUCAUCGGGGAGGGGAAGCUGAUCUGCCCGAGCCUAUUGGCAUACGUCUACGUCUCCCCACGCCUCCGCGCAAAGCGCACCCUGGAGCUGCUCGGGCUCUUUGAGAAAUGCCCACACCUAUGCGGACAAUCUACAGAGACUGACCAAUUGGUGGAAUGGGAUUACGGAGACUACGAGGGCCUCACGAGCCCGGAGAUCCGUGAGCGUCGCCGCAUAAACGGGGUGCUCGGUGACGAGCCGUGGGACAUUUGGCGGGACGGGUGCGUGGGGGGUGAGUCGCCGGAGGAUGUGGAGAGGAGGUGCGAUGCGCUCAUCAAGACGAUUAGAGAGCAAUGGCAUAGCCCUGCUAUGCGGGACGGAAACAUCCGCGGGGAUGUAGUGUGUGUUGCGCAUGGACACUUGUUGAGGGCUUUCGCGAUGAGGUGGGUUGGGAAGAGCAUUAGCAGUAAUACGGUGCUGUUGAUAUUGGAGGCCGGAGGGGUUGGGGUCCUCAGCUAUGAACACCACUCGAUCGAUGAGCCCGCAAUAUUGCUCGGGGGUUCAUUUGUGGUUAAGGCUGAGAGCCCCAAAGAUUGAGAGGCGACCCGAAGACAGUGCCGCAGACCGAGGCGGCCAUCAUACGAGCUGAUGGCACGCAGACUGGUGGAGCGCGCGGGGGGGGGGGGCACAGUGAUACCAGUGCUGGUAGUUUAUACCUAGUUAGACUCCAAAUGGAUUCAUUCAGUUCGUGAUCUCGUACAAACCCUCGAGUGUCAGACAGCGGUUUUAAAAAUAGUACAAAUGACGAGACAUCCAACUCCAACUCACCUUUUACAAAGUGGCCCCCUAAUGAUCCACAAUCGAGCUCAAUAUCACAACCUAGACCGCCCCACCUCUGAUGCAUAAGCCAAAUCCCACACAUCCCGAAGCAGUCAGUGAGCAUUAGUUUAAUGCUCGUCUCGAUGAUCGUACCAUCCUUCAGCUCUCAGACCAGUCACCCAGCCGCCUGGCCCCCGCACGCCAGGAUUGCACAUAAAUGAGAAUCCUAUCAUCCCAUGAACACAACGAGUAAGCAUACUAUACAAAUUGCUCUAGAACAGACCCCCCCUCCCCUUUUUUUCCGCCAAUCCUGGAGCCAGUAUAUCGAGACUAACAACACAAUCGUAUAUAUUCUACCAUAUACACGGGUUCUCGGCGUAAUCCUCGCUCGUCAUUGUUCUCGGGUUCUAGUCUAGAGGUGGCUACCGCGAUAGGCACUGAAUAUCCGGCCUGAUCGGCAUAAACUAGCAAGAGCUUAGCCUCCCCAACCAGGGGUCAGUCGUACGAGUGUUUGCAUGGUACUCGAGUAUGCGUCCAGCCCGCCUGCAUCUUUCUGGUGUACUCGAGUAUUGAGCCAACCAUACCCAAUCAUGGAGAGUCACCCCUCCCCUCCUUCCCCCGAUACAGCAUGGUGCCCAGGCAUUGCGGCAUCCCCGUCCACCACCACCACCACCACCACCACCUCUGUCACGGAUCCAACCUGAAAUGCCCGAUAAGACCCUUGGCAUUCCCGAGUAACGACGGGCUCGCGCCGGCCCCC